AUGUAUUUGUCAGUCUGGGUCUGCCUUGGUUGUGCACAUGCACAGGGGUGUGAUUUGCAGGGAAUAUCUGUCGAGCAGCUUUAUGCAUGCGAGGUCUCCUGUCUGACAGACUUUGUCCUGGAGGUUUUGAGGCUAUCCGCUGUACAGGCGUUGCCUGCAUCAGAUCGCCAAGUGCUCGCGGCACCCGCAUCCCAAGCCGCUGCAUCGUUGUCCUUGGCUGGCGGCUCUUUUCGGCACACGGGGAGGACUGCGCCAGGGUCUCACAACUGCCAAGCGCUAGGCGUCGAAUACAGCCUCCAAACCCAAUCUAGUGGCAACAGCAACAGAAGCAGCGACGAAGGCGGGGGCGGGGACGGCGACGGCGCUACUACUGCCACAGCCAAAGUCGGCGUUGUAGAGCACGUAGGACAUGCCUUUGCUUCGGCUCAGCAGCCCGGCACUGCUGCUGCUCGCCGUGCCGUGGCUGGACUUGAGUGCUGGGUGCUGCAACUUGUUGAUGCGCUGCCCGUCAAACCGAGCUCGAGCCCGGUUGCUUCAUCGGGCCCCGCAACGCCAGCCACUGUGUCGCGCGCUGGGUCAAUGACGGCUGUGGCACCGGAACUGUCGGCGGCGUUGUGCCCGGCCACCGCCGGCGCUAGCGCGCCUUGUGCAAAUGGCACAGCCCCACUGGAAGCCUGUAAGAGCACUGGGAUUCCAGCAUCGUGCCCACGAGGCUGCAACAUCAGCAGCAUGGGGACGGAGGCGGAUGUGGGGUCCGAUUUGUUCAACGGUCGGCCCAGCAAGGACAUGGGCGCAGACAAAAGCUCCGGAGGCCGCUUUGCCACCGCCGGCGGAGACGGUGGAACUGGUGGUGGCGGUGGUGCAGGUACCAACCUCAGGGAGAAUUCCCACGGGUCGGCAGUCGACACCGCGGGCGCUGGCUGUUGCACAAGCGAACCCGACCCGAUACGGCUGGAGGUGUGGGAGGGCCUCGCGGCGAUUUUGUCCCGGCCCCUGGGGUCGGAUGCGGGUUCGGCAGCUGUUUCAGGUCCUGCAUAUACCACGACGUCCAAUGCCGCUGCAGUGGCAGUACCCCGAACGGCUCCAGGGGCGGCGAGCAGCUGCGGCAGCCCGCGAACCGCUGGUGUUGCUACCCAAGAGGGGUUUAAUGUCCUUAGUGCGCUGCCGCAAGAUGCUGAUGCCCCGGCACAUGCUUGUUUGGGGAUAAGGCCUCCCAGCGCCGUGGAUGGUGGCGUAGGCGACGGUGGCAAGAGGGAGGCGCGUUGGGCUGAGGUCGCGCAGGCACUUUCCAAUGCUCUGGCUGCCGGUGUACCAGCCCACGGGUCGCCUCAGCUGCCGGCUCUGCGUUCUGAACAUCUGCAGUGCCGCCAUCCUGGCCUACGAUCCCUCCUCCUGGCUCGUGCGCUCUUGGUGCACUGCUGCCUACGGGACGGGAUGACCGCAACAGCAGCGCGAGCAGUGCGUUCCCGCGCUGACGGCAGCACCAGUAGCAGUAGCAGCGGCGUCCACCAGGUAGGCACUGGUGAGGUAUCGCCCGGUCGUGCAGACGGCGCCUCCCAAGAUGAUGCUGCGGUCGCGACGGCCGCUGCCGCGGCGAUCGCGGCGGCGGCGGCAGCAGCAAGCAAAAUUCUGCCGGGAUCACCCGCGCCGCCACUGCCGCCGCUGCGGGAGCCUGCAGCGUCAACUGCCGGAGGCCCCGCCGCCAUCCGAAGGAAUCACAGCAUGGGUGGCCGCCCUCCCAUAGACCUGCUGUCAGAGCACAACCUGCUCGUUCAAAAAGAGCACCAGCAGCGAGAGCUUCGUCGGCAGCAGCGUCAGAAGCAUAACAGGGCAGGAGCUGGCGGCGGUGGGGGGCCCACGGGCGGCGACCGGCCCCGAUCCACUAUCGCUGAGCCUAGGGUCGUGCUGUGGAGUGGCGAUGGCGACGAUGAGGAAGGCACAGACCAGGAGGAGCGUGUCUUGAGGUUGUGGCUCAACAGUCUGGACCCGGGCAUCCACGUGACGUCAUUGUUCGAGCAGGAGAUCACGACCGGCUGGCCAUUGCUGCUGGCCCUCCAGGCGAUUCAGCCUGGCUGUGUUCCCUGGUCGGAUGCGUUCCGGCCCCCCUUCAAGGAGAAGCUUCGUAAGAUUCUGAGCGUUCAGAACUGUAACUUGGUCAUUGAGGUUUGCACCCGCCAGCUUGCUAUGCCGCCCUUAGUCAACAUUGGCGGACUGGACCUGGCACUGUUCAGUGUGCCGGGCCAGCGCCGUGCCACCUUGUCACUGGUCUUCCAAAUGAUGCGCCAUCAUAUGGGCAUGCUACUUGGGCUGGCGGCGCCGGUGCCCUACCCGAACCCACCCACAUCGCCUCAACGCCUCCCAGCACCGGGCGCCAUGCCAACAUUGGGCCAAAGUUACAGCUUUGGCCACAGCUACAGUCCAAGCCAUGCCUUGGGUCACAGCUACGGCCUUAACCAUAGCUAUGGGGGCCACAGCCACAGCUCAGGUCUCAUCUGCGGCCAUGAAGUGUCGCCGCACGCUCAGCACGUGCCGUUCGCGCCGAGUCCGCAGCGCGGAUCCCGUGCCCAUGUGGAGGUAGAAAAAGCGGUGCUAGCUUGGGCUAACGCGAAGUUGCUGGAGGCGGCAGCGGCGGCAGCAGCAGCCGACCGUGGGGAAACGGAUGAGGUGGUUCCGGCCGGCUGUGGUGUAGCGCCGCAGCUGCCGUUCACGCCGCUGGUUAGCUUUUCCGAUAAGAGGCUUGGCGAGGGGAGUGUGUUGCUGCAGCUCCUGGCGGCCAUCUGUCCUCGCUCCGUCAACCCGAAGUACGUGCUGCCGGGACGCAACGCGGAGGAGCGCGGAAGUAAUGCCAGGUACCUGCUCAGCUGCGCGCGCAAGCUGGGUUGCGUCAUCUUUCUGGCGUGGGAAGAUGUUGUGGCGGCGCGCCCGAAUUUGCUGCUGCUACUCCUGGCUUCCUUCAUGGCAUUGGACCGCAAGCGGCUAGGCGCCGCAGCUGCGGCAGGGGCAACGGCGGCGGCAGGGGGCGAGCCACCGGCGGCGGCGGCAGCGGCAGCACAGGACAGGAACGCCCAGUCAGCCCCCGGGGGGAUGGGCGGUCGGGAGGUAGUGGAGCCGCGGGCGUCAUCGUCAUUGGUGGCGGCUGAGCCUGCAUCGCCGUAUCCGUUGUGA